UCCCAGAACUCCCAACAUCAGAUUUGCGUUUUCCUCCCUAAUGACAAUGAACAGCUGCCACCCUGAGCCACCCCACAAGAAGAGCUAAAAAGCAAAAGGAGGGGAUUCUUUUUUUCUCCCUUUCCUCUCUUUUCUAUCAUUCCUCUUCGCUCCCUCCACACCCUGUUCAGCAUCUUUCAUCUUGGGAGAGGGGAGCCCUCCUUUCCCUUUCCAAGUCCCAGGCACUGCCCCUCAUCAGGCUCUUUCCCAAAUCCACUAGAUUCGUCCCUUUCCCUUGAAAUUCCUUCCUUUCUCCCCUCUUCUCCUCAAAGUUGAAAUUUUAUCCAUUUCCUGACUCCCACUUCCAUCAAAAUUUGAACUUUUUUUUUUUCUGAUACCUCUUAGGCUGUUUUGUGUCAUUCAUCUGAGUCUUUCCUUUCCUGGAUAUUCCCCAAUUAGAAAUACUGAGUAUUGGACUGUUCUGGAACACCUUCUAAGCCGUUUUUCUGUUUUUCUUAGAGCUGGAUAUUCUGCUGAGUGCUGAGGCUUUUUGAAAGUUUUCUUAUUAUGGAGGCUGUUGAAUUCUGAGUUUUUUUUUUUUUAAUAAUUCUUGGGUCUUUUUUGUUUCCCCUGACUGGGUGUUGGUUUCCAUGGGUCUCUGCCAUGGAAAACCAAUCCAAAACCCCGAAAUCCAAGACGAAAUCCCUGCAGUUCCCAAAAUAGAGGAGCCCCCGGGGCCGAAUCCAGGGACCCCGAAGCAGCCCAAGUUCUCCUUCUACGUCCCCAGCCCUCUGCCCAGCUCUUACAAGAGCUCGCCGGCCAAUUCGAGCAUCAACUCGACCCCUCUGCGGAUCUUCAAGCGACCGUUCCCUCCUCCAUCGCCGGCUAAGCACAUUAAGGCGUUGCUCGCCCGGCGGCAUGGAUCGGUGAAGCCGAAUGAGGCCUCGAUCCCGGAGGGCAGCGAGGUUGAAUUGGGACUGGAUAAGAGCUUCGGGUUCUUGAAGCAGUUCUUCUCAAAGUAUGAGCUUGGAGAAGAGGUCGGCCGCGGGCAUUUUGGGUAUACUUGCUCCGCAAAGGUGAAGAAGGGAGAACUGAAGGGCGAGGAGGUGGCUGUCAAGGUUAUUCCGAAAGCGAAGAUGACGACAGCUAUUGCUAUUGAAGAUGUGAGAAGAGAAGUGAGAAUAUUGAGCUCUCUCACAGGUCACAAGAAUCUAGUUCAGAUCUAUGAUGCUUAUGAGGAUGAAGACAAUGUGUAUAUCAUAAUGGAGUUAUGCAAAGGUGGUGAAUUGUUAGACAGGAUACUCUCAAGGGGUGGGAAAUAUUCGGAAGAAGAUGCCAAGGUUGUCAUGGUUCAGAUAUUGAGUGCUGUAUCAUUUUGUCAUCUUCAAGGUGUUGUUCACCGAGAUCUCAAGCCGGAGAAUUUUCUUUUUACUUCAAAGGAUGAGAAAUCUACCUUGAAGGCCAUAGAUUUUGGCUUGUCAGACUUUGUGAAGCCAGAUGAAAGGCUGAAUGACAUCGUAGGAAGUGCAUAUUAUGUUGCUCCUGAAGUUCUUCACAGAUCUUAUGGAACUGAGGCGGACAUGUGGAGUAUUGGUGUCAUUGCAUAUAUUUUGCUAUGCGGAAGCCGCCCUUUUUGGGCAAGGACAGAAUCAGGUAUAUUUCGUGCUGUUCUGAAGGCAGAGCCAAGCUUUGAGGAAGCUCCAUGGCCUUCUCUGUCUGCUGAAGCUAAAGAUUUCGUUAAGAGGUUGCUGAAUAAGGAUUACCGUAAGAGAAUGACUGCUUCACAGGCUCUCAGUCAUCCUUGGAUCCGAGAUUCUCAAGAGAUUAAAAUUCCUUUGGAUAUUAUAAUUUAUAAGCUUAUAAGAGCUUAUAUAUGUUCUUCUUCUCUAAGAAAAUCGGCUUUGAGGGCCCUUGCAAAGACUUUGACAGUAACUCAGCUUGCUUAUCUGCAAGAGCAAUUUGCACUUCUAGGACCAAACAAGAAUGGCUACGUCUCCUUACAGAACUUAAAGACGGUAAGUUAUUUCCUUUUCAUGAAAUUUUUGCAUUCCUCCCUGGAGUUACAAGAUGUAAGUUUGCAUUUGCAGGAAUUGUUAAAAUACAUGACUGAGGCAAUGAAGGACUCAAGAGUUCUUGACUUUGCUAACAUGGUGAGUUCUCUUCAGUAUGGAAAGUUGGAUUUUGAGGAAUUUGCUGCUGCAGCCAUAAGUGUGUAUCAGAUGGAAGGUCUUGAUACUUGGGAGCAACAUGCUCGUCGUGCAUAUGAACUCUUUGAGAAGGAUGGAAACAGGCCUAUCAUGAUUGAGGAACUUGCAUCGGAACUUGGCCUUAGUCCUUCAGUCCCUGUCCAUGUUGUUCUGCAAGACUGGGUUAGACAUUCUGAUGGCAAACUAAGUUUCUUGGGAUUUGUUAAACUUCUACAUGGGGUUUCUUCACGGUCGAUUCAAAAAGCCUAGCAUUAUCUGGUCUUUCAUCAAGCAAGAAAGUUUGUGAGCAGCAUUCAACAGCUGAAUUGUGAGGCAUGGAAACUGGAGCAAGCCAUUCUAUGCAUGCUCCUAAUCGGGGAAAUAGAGAUGGAUCUAACUGAAUCAUCAUCUAUUCAGAGCUCCAUCUCUUAUUGAGAUUUCAAUUUUUUGUUUUGCCACAUUGAUGGUUAGUGUACUGUAGUUGUUUAGAGGAAUGUACAGAUGAGGAUGGUAAGGAUGGAAGGCUAAAUGGAAUUGAGGCUUGGACUGGGUAUUUUUUUUGUCACGACCUGAAAUUCAAACUUGAUCAAA